AUGUCAAGGAUCUUGGAUCAGAGAAUUUUGCUGUUAGUAAUUUCAUUUUUAACAAGUCUGCAGAGUACAAAGGUACUUUCAGAAUGGAAGAAGUGUGGUGAUCGGGAAUGUGAGACAGCAAUGAGCAGAGUUCAAGCCACCACAGACUACUUAGGGCCUGAUUGCCGGUAUCUUAACUUCAAAACAGGGGAAGAGAUAAUGGUAUACUCCAAACUUUCAAGGAAAAAUGAAAACUUGUGGACAGGAAGUAAAGGAAAGGAUUUUGGAUAUUUCCCAAAAGACGCUGUGAAGGUUGACGAAGUUUUUAUUGCAGAAGAAGUUGAAGUGCUCACUAAGGAAACUGAUUUCCUUUGUCUUCAUGGAGAUAAGUAUGCUUUUGAAAAUGAAGAUAGUGCAUUACAUGAUCACAACAAAGAAAGUGAAUAUUCAUCAUCUGAUGCAGAAUCAAAGCUACAUGAAAAUAAACUCUUAAAAUAUACAAGAGACUCCAUGCAAAGGGAAGAAGGAGUUGAAUCAGUUUCUGAAAAUGAUCCCAAGGAAUCUCACGCUCAGGAGGAGUCUGCAAGUAAAAAGCUGGUUAGAAAAAAUGAGAACAGAAAAGAUGAUACUGAAGAGCCACAAAUGCAAAACAGUCUCCCAAUAAAACCCAUUCCAACGCAGUCUAGUUGGAUUGCAGGAUGGUUCACCACAGGAAGUAAAAAUGAUGAAGAGCCCUUAAAAGCCAUCACUGAAUCUUUAGAAGAAAAUACAUACCGAGGCAGAAAAAUAGUGGUAACUGCUGAAAAUGACUUACAGGAGCCAAAUGAUAAGGAGGAACAAGAACCCCCAGCAACUGUUUGGUUUCAAAGUAGACUGACAGACUUUCUGUAUUUUGGUGAAGAGAAUGUGGAUGUUGGUUUGGCAUCAGAAAAAAAUGAUCCACAAAUCCAUGAUGCUUCUGGUGUGCCUGGACAUUCCAGUAAUGAACAGGAAACAGCAGUCACAGAGUUAUUGACAGAAGAAGAAAAGAGUGAAAGCCAAGAAUCCAAAUCAAAUUGGUUUAAUUUGGGUUUAAGUAAUGUUCUUAAUUUUGGCUAUGCUGAGAAAGAUACAAUUGCUAUGGAAGACCAGCAAAGUGGAGAAACAGAGGAUGAAGCAAAUAAGAAUGAAGUGCAGACUUUAGACCAGAAAGAAUCACACAUGGACAAAGAAUCAAAAGAGGCUGUUAAAGCAGUGACGGAUGAAGAAGAUGAAGAGAAUUAUGCACAAGAAAUAAUAGAUUCAAACAGUAACAUGCUAAAUCCUUGGGAGAUACCAGCAAGUGUGCGUACUCUUAAUGACACCAAAAGCACCUCAAAGAGCACAGAAUCAUCUUUUGAUAUACUAACAGGUGACAAAGAGAAGCCAAUUGAACCUUACAGUUCAGAACAAGACUUGGUAUCAGAAAGCCAACUGCUGAAAAACACUGAAGCUAAAAAGAGAAACCAGGAGUCAGAAAGCAAACAUGGCCAGUCAGGAGUACGCAGCAGAAGAAAGCUACUAGAAGAAACACCAGAGAAGGAACAUGAAAUGAAUGCAGCUGUAGACAGUGAACACGAUAAUGACCAAUAUUCAAAAGCAGUAGCGAUUCCUUCAGUAAAUUCUGAAGAAAAAAUGGACAGUUCAGUAGCUGACUCUCCAUUUGAUAUCAAAAAGCCUUUCUCAGAUGCCAUCCAGAACUACGUUCCAAGUAACGGAGGCUGGAUGCAUCAGAUACUUCUGUGCUUGAAUGCUCUUGAGAUCAGGGAAUCGAUAAAAUCUGUAUUUUCAGCAGUGAUGAGUAUGAUCAAAAAGGCUGUGGCUUCACUGCCUGAAGAUAUGAGACCUGGUCCUGAUCUGUAUGGUUUCCCGUGGGAAAUAGUGAUUUGUGCUGGCAUUGUUGGAGCUUUUACAAUUCUCUUGUUCCUGUAUAGAAGUUAUCAAUCAGUUAGAAGUCGACUUUAUGUAGGAAGGGAAAAACAGCUUGCCAAUAAAAUUGCUGAGCUAGUUGAAGACAAAUGCAAAAUUCUUGAAAAACUCAGCCUUUGCAAAAAAGAGUUUGAAGAUUUAGAAUUGUCUCUGAAGGAUGAUAACAUGAAAGAAUCAACGGACACAUCUUUUUUUGAGGAAAUGCAUGAAAAACUGAAUAAGUCAAACUUGGAACUCAACCAAGAAAUAGAGAAUCUAGAAAAAGAACUGGAAGAAGAAAAAUCUAAGCAAUCAGAAAAUGAUAACUUGGUGGCUGAAAUUCAGAAGAGACUGGAGUCUUUAGAGAAUGAAGCAAAAUCUAUCCAGUCACAAAUUGAUGAGGCCAAGUCCACCCUAAAAGUAUAUCAGAUUAAUACAGAGAGACUCAAGACAUCCGUUCAAGAUGCAGUAGAUGAAAACUGCCAUCUCCAGGAAAGUGAGAAACAGCUUUUACAAGAAGCUGAAGGAUGGGGUGAACGAUUUAGUGAACUAAAUGAACAAACUAAGAUGUUUGAAUCGUCUAAAGCCGAUAUAGAAGAAGUAUUGAAAAAUAAAGAGAGUCAAGUCAAGUCGCUGACACAGUACUUACUGAAGAUGAAAGACUGGAGUUCAGCAAUAAGAGAUGAUGAUGAUGAUGAAGAUAAUCACUGGGACACAGAUAUAAAGGGUGAAACAGAGAAUGGAGAGCACUUAGAUGAUCAGCAAAAACGAACUGUAAAGAAAUUGAUCUAUGCUGCAAAGUUAAAUGCUUGUUUAAAGACCCUGGAAACAGAAAGAGAUCAAAUGUAUUCAAAACUGUCUGAUGAAAGUAAAGCUAAAGGAGAACUUACAGAACGUAUAGAAAACCUUCAAAGUCAGCAAGCUUCCUUGCAGUCUGAAAAUGAACGUUUUGAAAGUGAAGUUCAAAAGCUUCAGCAGAAACUUAAAGUAAUGACUGAGCUUUAUCAAGAAAAUGAAAUGAAACUACACAGGAAGCUGACAGUAGAAGAGAGAGAACGCCUACAGAAGGAAGAAAAGCUUUCUAAAGUAGAUGAAAAAAUUAAUCAUGCUGCUGAAGAACUAAACAGCUACAGACAGCGAGCAAAAGAUCUUGAAGAAGAGCUAGAAAGAACCAUUCGUUCUUACCAGAAUCAGAUUACUUCACAUGAGAAAAAAGCUCAUGAUAAUUGGCUGACAGCCCGAGCAGCUGAAAGACACCUCAAUGAUAUAAAAAAAGAAAAUGCACAUAACAGACAAAAAUUAACUGAAACAGAAUUUAAACUUGACCUUUUAGAAAAAGAUCCUUAUGCUCUUGAUGUUCCAGUUAGACCAUUUGGCAGAGAGCAUUCCCCAUAUGGACCCUCACCAAUGGGCCGGCCUUCAUCUGAAACAAGAGCUUUUCUUUCCCCUCCAACUUUAUUGGAGGGUCCUUUAAGGCUUUCACCUAUGCUUCCAGGUGGAGGAGGAGGAAGAGGAUCCAGAGGACCAACUGCCAUGUAUGAAGCUGGUAAUGAAAGAGGAGAGCUGAAUUCUGAUAGACUAACUGAUCCCCACAGACCACCAUCAGAUACUGGAUCCCUGUCUCCUCCUUGGGACAGAGAACGCAGGAUAAUUCUGCCUCCACCAGGUGACCCUUACACUGAUCCAGUUCUUCCUCCUCGAAGACAAGAAAGAUUUUUCCCUAUUCCUCCAAAUACUGGAAGACUUUCUGGACCAGCAGAACUACGAACUUCCAGUGUGCAGUGUUUUGAUAAAACAGAUGGACAAACAUCUUCAGAAAAUAGCCCACGAACAGAACCAAGUGGAAAUGGGAUGAAAGAUCAUUCUAACCUUAGCAACUCACUAGCUGAUCAGUCACUGGCAUCUGAAAGUGAAGCCGUCAGUUCAGGGUUUGCUCCUCCACCUUUCCCUCCAGUCAGACCUCCAUUGAUGCCUGUAGAUCCUAGAGCACCUUUCAUGAGACGAGGACCUCCUUUUCCUCCCCCUCCUCCUGCUGGCAUGUAUGGACCACGUGAAUGUUUUCCAGUACGAGACUUUGGGCUUCCGCGCCCUCCACUGCCAAUAAGAAAUCCAUUUCCAAUGAGAUCGUAUCCUCACUAUCCACCUCAACGACCUGGAUUUUUGCCUCCACCACCUCCUCCUGAAAAUAGAGUUGAGCUACCUCAGUCAAAUCCAUCAGCUGUAGAACAACCAGAGCCACAGCAUGAGACUUGAGAGAGUCAUUUGAGCAAUGUGCUGAACCAUUUCUGUACUCUCCUAAUGGCAUUUUUCCUUAUGUUAAGUAACCAUUGUUACUUUGCAAGCUAUUUUGCUCAAAUUGAAGCUUCAUAGAGGAGUCUCAGGAUAGUAUUUUGUAAAUAAUGAAUGAAAUAACUAUGAAUAUUGUGAAUAAGUGAUUUCCAUUGUACAAUAGUCAUUUUAAAUUAAGUAUUUUUAACUCUUCAGAGGUGUAUAAAAUUAAAUCACGUGAACCAUAUUUUAAAAGUCCAGCUGCUUUGUCCUUGUUUAGCUGUACAGGGAAUCUCUUUGCAUGCCAAAAAGUGAUGUUUGCUGCUUUAUGAAUAGAAUGUGAAAACAAAUUGAAACAGUUAAUAAAAGUCUACUGAAAAUGAA